UGAUAAUAAUGUCUCAGUCACUCACGAGAGCUCCUCUUUCCCUGUCGUUCAUGCUUGUCCACGCUGCAGCUGCAGCAGGAUAGUCAAUUAGCAAUGCCAGUCAAAGCUGUAGCGCAUAGCGAACACCAACUCGAGCUGGCCUCAUGUUCACUGGCACGGAUCCCCACUGAACUGCUCGCAAUCAUCGUGAGCUACCUUGGGAAAAAGGACUUGUUUUCUGCCGCUCUCGUCUGCCGCAGGCUCAAUGAUAUAACAACCGCUGUCUGGUUCGGGCCUCCGAAGCAGUACCAAAAGACAUACGGCGCCUUCAGUUCCUCCCACGUCGGCCAUGCCCUACCGUUCUCAUCUUUCAAAGACCUCCGACUCUGUCUUGUCACGAAACCCACCAUUCCCAACAUAAAACUGUCUUUGAGCAAAGACUUCGCCAGAGACUUCCGGGAGUUCCUGCGCUAUUUCGACACCCUUCCAGGGGACAACGCACCUCCCGAUGUCCAGAUUGAUCUACACCAUACGGUUUGGACGCGUUCAAAUGUCCGUGACGCCGACGAAUACGACGCAGAGAGGCUCAACGCCUUUUUCACUCGCAUCGCUGAAUUGAACUGCGUUACGGCCCUCCAUACAUGCACAGAGAGCGAACCAUGGCUGGAUUUCAAGGGAGAGGACUGUCUGCCUAUCUUCUCUCCUCCUGCACUCACUACCCUAACUGAGGAGUACCUCAAGCCUCUCUCUGAAUCCUACUCCGAUUGGCUUAUCCGCUCAGCCAACGUGUCACCCGUCAACAAGCUCGUAAUCGCAUACCCAGAUGGGUCAAUCCUCCUUCGACUGCAUCUUCCCAAACUCCGUGAUGCCUUAUUCAACGGCGGGAAGAUCUCGACGCAUCAUUUAUCCCUAUUCCUCGGCCAGGAAGCACAUUCUCGUCUUGAGGAGCUGAUAUUCGCUCCGAACACCAUCUUAUGUCAUGGAAUGCCGGACGAGGGCCACCCCAAGUGUCAUACAGUCAUGCAGCUUCGUCCCGGGGCUCUCCCUCGUCUGACGUCUGUCGCUGCAGACACAGACGUCCUUGCGCUCCUCCUUUCGGCACCUCACGCGUUCACAGGCUUACAGCGCGUGGACGUCCGGCUGCCGUACUAUCGGGGCCCGAGCAUCGGGCGGGAUCUGCGCCGGGUAUUCUCUUGGGUGUCGCAGAUCCCUAGCGUAUUGCGUAUGACGCUGCCCUUGGAGGACCUGGCUUACAAUGAUUGGGAGUACCUGUCUCUGGAAUCGGGAGAGGACCCGAUUGUCUUGCCGCAUGUGAGGAAGUUGGUGUGUGGUGGGUAUCCGCGGUAUGAUUGGUCGAUUCGUCUUGAUCAGAUUGUGGUGUUCUUCCCUGGGGUGGAAGAGUUUGUUAUGGAUAGGGCCAGUUGGAAGGAGCCGCGUCGGUUGGGUUGCGUGGAGCAGAUGAAGGAGCAGUGGCCUUCGCUGAAACGUGUGGUUAUUGACGGUGUACGUUAUUCGAACGGGGAGUAAGAUUGGAAUUUUGAGCCGUUUGUAUUUUGUUAAAGAAAUUUAUAUUAUGUUUAUUCUGAAUUAAUUUUAUCCCUCUUCAGCGCAGCACUCUAUCACAUCUAAGAUGGGCCGUCAUUACGCUAAACGGCCAUUUACCUU